AUGUUCAUUGAACGCCGCAGAAGCACAAACGAUGGCUUCCAGAAGAGGGUACUGUUCAGCCCCAAGGGAUUCACACGGCGUCUGUUUGACGAUAUGGCUACCCACGGAGUGCUUUCCGAGGACGACUUGAGUGACCCAGACAACGCUGUCACUCUUACUGACCGUCACCGGGACUCCGUCAGGGCGUCUCAGUCCUCGAGAGUCCGCAUCCGUGUCUCCAGCAGCCCAGAAGGAAAAGGCCGCCGUCGGUCUUCCAGUCUUCAACGAUACACUGAACAGAGUGAGCCGGAGACUACCUCCUUUGCCCUGAUUGACAGCAACUCGGCAGGCAGCCUCCGCAGGAAACGGUCUCCUUCUCCAACGCCUUCAAUGACAUCCACCUCGUCUACUGAGGAGAUCAUUCGUCCCUCCAGGAAGAAACCCAGCGCCACAAAGCCGUCUAAGGAGUUUAGAGAGGUCGUGCCAGUGCAUGUCCCCGAGUUCAAGGAUACACCCGUCAAACCGAAACCCUUUAGAGAGAUGUCUCCCAGCCGCAAGGGUGACCCAGUUGUCAUCACUCCAAGAGUCAAGACAAUAGUGCCUAGGAAUACAAAGCCCGAAGCAAAGCAGAGCCUUGCCUCUAAUUCCCCCAGAGAUGGAAAGAAGAAGGUCCGUUUCAUCCUGGGAGAUGAUGACGGGAGGAAUGAGCAUCGUCCUGUGUCCGGUGUAUCCAGGCGACUUUCUUGA